GCAGUCUAUAUAGUGCAAAGUUUAUGUGCUAAAUGCCGCAGUGUUUUUCGUUCUGCUAGUUUCGCUGAACAUUAGAACAGCGGUGGUUUUUUCAUUUAUUCUUUUUAAACAAAAGUAAAAAAUCAAAGCAACUAAUAUUUGUUGCUAAAAAGUUUCACUAAUAAAUGCGUAGUAACAAUGACAGAUGAACAACUAAAAACUUAUCAACAGUUGCUGUUAAAUAAUGUUUUAACACAGAAGUUAGAACAAAAUGAGAAAGAGACCAAGACAUGGAGUGACUAUAAAAAGAGGCAUAAAAAAGUAAUUGAAGGGCUCCAAGUAUAUCCACAAUCUCUCUCAGAAAAUUGUAUGGUACCUAUUGGCAAGCUAGCUUUAAUGAGAGGAAAAUUAACUCAUACUAAUGAAAUUUUAGUGUGUUUGGGAGAUAAUUAUUUUGCAAAGUACAGUGCCUCGCAAGCAAUAGCAUUAUGCAAUAGGAGAAUAGCAAAGGCAGAUGAGAUGUUGAAAAGUUUAGAAGUUGAAAGAAACUUGAUUGAAGCAAGACAAAUUCUUCCAUUGGAACAUGAUAUUUUUGGAGAAAGAGACAAAAAAGAAAUAUUAGAAUAUGUGGAUGAAGAUGAACUUGAGAAAUGGAGAAUACAACAUAAGCAGCAUAUGAAAGAGUAUCGUCAGAAACUUGCAAAAACGAGAGAAAAAUCUGACAUUCAUACUGAGGAAGAUCUUGUUAAAAGGCUUGAUGAAUUGGAGCUGGAGGAAGAGCUGGAAGAUGAAAUAUACAGAUUGGAAGCUCAACGAAAAAAAUUCUAUGGUGAUGAUUUGAACGAGGGUGAAGUUUAUAACGAGUCGGAAGAGAGUGCAUCUGAGUCUGAUGAAAGUACCGAAGAGAUGAAUGAAGAAGAAUCAAAGAUAUCGAAAGAUAGUCAAAUAAGCGAAUCCGACGUAGAUACAUCGAAUAUCGGUUCUAAAGCAACCCAAGAUAAAACAAUUGAUACUAUAGAGAAUACGCGAUCCAAUUUCACCGUUAACUCUGAUGAAGAAAGGUCGAACGAAGGUUGUUUAUCCGAGGCUAAAACUACAGUUAGAGAUAUCCAAAAGAGAAAAGUGUCAUUUGUUGAGCCAUUAAUCGAAAAAGAUGAGACCACAGAAAGAGAAACAAUAUCUCAGGAAUUUUGUUCUGGUACGAAGCAAGAUGACAUAUGCGCUCAAAACUCUACGGAUGAUAUCAUUAGGAUCACUUUUUCACAUUCAUCCCAUAGUCCAAGUACAUCAGCAUUGACCAGUGAUGAAAUACAAAGUCCAGCAGAUAUUUAUAAAAUGUUCAAUACCCAUAAGUCUAUUUUGAAAAGAUCUCCAAAUGAUAUGGUUUACAAUUCCGUUCUUCCUUUAAACGACCACGACAGUACAGACGACGAUGAAGACAAGGAUGAUUCUGCGAAACACUCCGCAUACGAUGCUGUAAUCGCGGAAGUCCGAGAAAAUCAAUUAGCGAGCAGUACCGUGGAGAAAAGAGAAGAAAAGAAAAUUGUGAGCAAAUUUAAACUCGAGCGUGCCAAAAGAAUGAAGUAACAUUCGAACGAGUAUAUUAAUUACAGAAAAGCCUUUUUUGUUUACACUGCGUGUACAUAUAUAUAUAAAUAAAAAAGUAUACAUUUUU